AUAUGCUCUGUCUUCUUUUCUUCUCCCCUAUAAACUUGUCAACCUCUCUGUGUCACAUAGACAGAAGGCAGAGAGAAAGGGAGGGAGGUAGUGAGAGAAGAUGUGCUAACCCAUGAACUGCUCUUAUGCAUGCGGCAGCCAUAAGCAUUGCUAUUAGGGUUUCAUGCAGGUCAAACAAGCUGGUUUUCGCCGCCUGAUAGCUGCCGGAAUCUGCAAGGUCUCCACGAGCAGCGUCGACGGAUAAGGCAGCCGGUACGGCAAUGCCGGUUCCCCUUGCACCGUACCCAACUCCUCCGGUGCCGUUCACGCCGCCCAAUGGGGCUCAAAGCCAGCUUGUCUGCACCGGCUGCCGGAAUCUUCUCAUGUAUCCAGCUGGUGCGACGUCCGUCUGCUGUGCAGUUUGCAGCACCGUCACCGCCGUGCCGGCUCCGGGAACUGAGAUGGCACAGUUAGUUUGCGGAGGGUGCCACACUCUCCUGAUGUACAUACGUGGCGCGACAAGUGUACAAUGUUCUUGCUGCCACACUGUUAACCUGGCUAUGGAAGCGAAUCAAGUUGCACAUGUAAACUGCGGGAACUGCCGUAUGCUGCUUAUGUACCAGUAUGGAGCUAGGUCUGUGAAAUGCGCAGUCUGCAAUUUUGUGACAUCAGUUGGGGCAUCACCUGGUGCAGAGCAGAAGCCCAGCAGCUGAUGUUUCUGAAAAUACUGAGAUCACCUAUGAAGGCAGCUUCUGAAAAGGAUGCUUUGAGUGCACAUGUAUAGAGUUCUUCCCUGAAGCAAUUUUUCCCCUCCUUUAUCUCCAUUCUCCCCCAUCCAUUCCUGCGUUCCUCCGAUGGACCUGGCGAGCCCGCGGAAUAAAUGAGAGUUUUGGGAAAUAACUAGUGCUCAACUUCGUCGACUUGUCUGUAAAACUGAAUGAGACAUACAUAAACCUAUGAUGUUUUCUGUGCUUCUGAAUUUCUGAAUGUUCCUUCUGACUGCAGUUGAUUCAAA